AUGCGACGCAGAGGGGAGGACGCCAAGCAGCCCGGGAAAACUUCAAGCGCAGGUGAAUGCCUGGAAGGUCUUAGUUCAACCACAAGCAGCUCGUUGGAGACCUUCGUCAGGACGCUAGCGCACCCUCAGCGCUCUGCGGUGCUGGUGCUGGCACUGAGCUUGGUCGCGGUAGGCAUCCAAACCUGGGAUGAGGAUGUGGUGCUGAGCAGACUCCUGGUAGUGGUCGGCCUUUUCAUUGCUCCCGCUGCCAUGGGGCGCUUGCCACCUCCUUCCGAAGUUUUCUUCAGGGAAGAUGUGGAGGGAGAGAGGCUCGCCGCACCUGCGAGCGUGAAGGCGCCCGAGGCCAUGACGAUGGUCGGAAGCCCAAGGAUUGUCGUGCAUUACGUUCUGAUAGGCAAACAAUGCCACUACUGUUACUUAAGGAUGGAUGCAUCGCCUGAUCUUAGUGUCUGCGCACGAACUACAGCUAAAGAUGGGUCUCCGAACGGAGCCUCCAAUCGAUUGCUUGACGCGAGGGUGGAGUCCCAGAGCACCGCCACGCGCCGAGAUGGCAAAAAAAAGGCAUCGCAGUCGGCAUUUCUAGAAGUACAACCUGACUACAAUCUUAAGUGCAAUCUUGAAACAAUAUAG